AUGAAAAAUAAGAAAGAUUCACCAAAACAGAAGAAAUCAGUCCUCAACGGGGUGGGCGGCUCCAUUUCCAAACCACAAAUGGCAGAGAAUACGACAGAGCUACUCGAGAAAGCGACGAUUCUUCUUCAGACAGGACAAGCCGAAGCUGCUCUUCCUCUUGCACAGCGCGUGCUGGAGCUUUCGCCAGAGAACUCCCCCGAAUCGUUAUCGGCAGUCAACCUCAUUGGCGAAAUAAAUGUCGAACUCGGUGAUAUCGAUGCCGCUCGCCAGAGUUUCCUACAUGCAGUUCAAAUAGAUCCCGAGGGGACGAUACCUGAAUCACAAGGUGGCGGCGCAGAGAAAUUUUUAUGGCUUGCGCAAUUGAGUGAACAAGGUGGUGCAGACAGCGUGGGGUGGUAUGAGAAGGGUGUUGGCGCUUUGAGACAUAUUAUUCAGUCAUUGGAACAAAGUACCCAGCCUGCAGAUGCCACUUUGUGUGAAGAAAAGCGCAAAAAACUGGCGACUGCUCUCUGCGGGGUAGUGGAAAUAUAUAUGACUGAUCUUUCAUGGGAAGAAGAUGCCGAAACUCGAUGCGAGACCCUCAUUACCGAAGCCCUUCUUGUCGCUCCUAACUCACCGGACUGUUUACAGACCUUGGCCUCUGUCAGGAUAUCGCAAUCACGAGUGGACGAUGCGCGCGCUUCUCUUUCUCGGAGUUUAGAUAUCUGGAAGGAAUUGCCACCCGAAGACCUCAGGAUCCCAGAUUUUCCAACAAGAAUCAGUCUCUCGCGGCUUCUCAUGGAAGUUGAUAUGGAACUCCAAGCACUGCAGGUUCUCGAAAGACUGAUUCUUGAAGAUGACGAGAGUGUCGAAGCUUGGUAUCUUGGCGGAUGGUGUCUCUAUUUAAUGGCAGAGAAGGAGAAGGAAAACGCCGCCAGUUCCAUAUCAGCACAAUCUACUGAAGAAAGGCGACACGAUUCCAUGGUUGCUAGCCGGGAAUGGCUCAAGCAAAGUUUGAAACUCUACGCAAGACUCGACUAUGAGGACGAAAGGCUCAAGCUCCACGCAAUUGACCUGAUUCAGGACUUGAAUAAUGAACUUGGCCAGGACAAUGAUGAUGAUAGUGAAUCCGAAUCUGGUAUGCCUGGUGGUGAUGAGGAGGAAGAUUUGGAUGAAGAAAUCGAGGCUCUCUCCGAUGACGACGACGAUGAAGAUCAUGAGAUGAAAGACCUAUAA